AUGAACUGUCAUCAAGUUCUCAGUGGUGCCUGUAAUUCAGGAGAUCAAUGUUUUGCUGUUGGUUCCGUGGAAGGAAUUCCCUUUACAGCAUACGCAGCAGGAUGUAAUAUAGUAAUACUAGCAUCAAACUUUGAACGUGUUCAAAUAAUUCCUGGUGCCAUUCAUGGUUAUAUCCGUAUAAGUUCCUUGGACUGCAGCACAGAUACUGGAAAAAUUGCUGCAGCGUAUGGAGCUGAAGUGUGCAUUUUUGAACCCACACCUCUUAUACACACAGCAUCUACAACACAUGGUUUAGAAUACAGAUGGGUUCAAACUGGAAAGUUGGUGGCAGAUGGGCCUAUAACAGCGCUAUCUUGGAACCUGGAAGGGACGAGGCUUCUCACCGGUGGUAGGAUACUUCAGCUGUGGCAUCAAGCAUCGCUAUAUCAAGAUGACAGUCAACCAAGUUCAGGCGUCACGUUCCAAAUUGGCGGUGACAAGGACGAGAAACCGAAACCGGCCGAAGAUGAGGAACCGGGAUGGUUAUGCGUAUGGCAAUGCCAUACAGCAACGCCGGCGCACCACCUUGCGUUUUCACCCGAUGGCGUCCUUUUCGCUACCUCCGGCAUAAACGAUAGGCUCGUGAAGAUAUGGUACCAAAACAAAGUAUUAGCUCACACACACGGCGAACAUCCACCCCCGGAUUUGAACUACACGUUCAUAUACGUCGCGCAUCCACGUGCUGUUACUCACCUCUCGUGGCGAAAGACAAGCAAAUAUAUGCCCAAGGGAAGCGUCGGAAACGUAUUAGUGACGUCGUGCGUGGAUAACAUUUGCCGCGUAUGGGCGGAGACGUUGUUGCCAGAGGAUGAAUGGGGGAGCUGUGGAACGGCGCACUCGCGUUCGCCACCGCGUCGGCAGCGAGCGACUCACCGCCAUAAACACCGCUUCAUGCAGCGACUUAAGCAUAUGAAAACAUGUUUCCACAUCAGACGUACGGCUCAGUCGUCUAAACAGCCCGGUGCUCCUAUCCCGACUCUACCGUCGACGUACAGUGCUCACGACUUCCAUAAUCCGACCCACGCUACGUCAUACACAGCUGGUCUCCACUUCCAUCUAGCAGCGUCAAUUAAUGCCGAAACUGACAUUCCCUUGGUGCCAUCACUCUCAGGGGGUGGUCGAUUUAUUUUGCAUUGGUUGCAUAAUAAGGAGAUGCACUUUACAAGCCAAGCCGAGGCGAUAUUGCAUGAUCUAACCAAAAAAAUUUUAGACAAAGAAGAAACCGAAGAAGGUGGCUCCGCGUCAGAUCAAACCACCCAAUUAGAUGGCGAGAACCACGAAAGAAAUGGAAAUAGUCACCCAACCCUCUCCAAUACGACCUCAAUCAACUCAAUUGCGACGGACGUCACCUGCACCCAUCUACCUGACUCGCUGGACGCUAAAAUCGAGGCGUUACUACGUGAUUGGCAUCAGAGCCCCGAUUUACUGUUUUCUAUACAUCCUGUUGACGGUAGUUUUCUUAUAUGGGUUUGCGAAUGGCUUGAUGAGUUACAAGCUGGUGCGAUACGUCAAGCUCAAGUGUCCUUCUCAGCACGAAUACCAUCAGCAUUCCCUCUCGGAGACGCGACAACGAUGUGUACACCAGCUGCCUUAUACCAUGCGGCGGCGCAGCCUUUGUACGUGCGACAUAGAACUAAACCAGUUAUAACUGGACAACAACCGGAAACAGUAACCACACCGUUAGCAAGUGUCCAAGAAGAGAAAGAAGAGGCCGAGUGGCCUCAAAACGAACAAAAUCAAGAAAAUCAUGAAAAUGGUACAAGGGAAGAAAACAAUAACGAAAUGAAACGUAAAACGAGUGUCGCAACUGAAGAUACAGAGAACCAAGAUAGCGACGUGCUGGAAUCUGCUCCCGUUAUAUCGAUGGUCACCAAUCACACUAAUGGCACAUUAAACCUGUGGCAGUUAACAUUCGAUGACAAAUCGAAAUUCUCUCAGGUUCUCUCUAUUGGUCAUGCUUCAAGAGCCUCAGGUCAUCGGUUCAGGGUGAAUGACAUUACAUGCCAUCCAGUAUUACCUUUAUUACUCACUACUAGUCAUCACAAUAUAUCUGAUGAAGCGCGAGACGCCGGUCCGACAGACGAUCAAUUUGCAGCGGGUGGCCUAUGUUCAGAGUUGAUAAUGUGGCGAGUCGAGUGCGUAGGUCCUCUCGGGAAAUCCGGUGGUGUAUCUGAACUGGCGAGAGUUAACUCGCCUCACCUUUCCGCCUUCAGUAAUGUAGCUUGGCUGCCUACGUUACUGCCAAGCACUACAUUAGGAAAUCUAUCUAAUUCCCCAUCCGCCUGUUUCGUUGCGAGCGAUGGAGAAAGUUUACGCUUAUUCCAAGCUGUCAUAGACGCUAGAACUUUACUAGCGGAAAUAGCUUCCUCCGAAAGACGCCAUAAAGAUGUCAUGCACGAUACGAUGUCCAUAUCAUCUGAUUCAACUGUUGAAGAGGGAGGAGGUGUACCCCUUCAUGAUAGAUUCAAGAUUGUAUCGCAGCAGUCAACGGCGCGUCCCGGAGCUAUUAUUCAGUUGCAUGCUAUUGCUGAUGCAACCCACGACUGGCAUAAUACGCAGCUGUUGCACGUAUUCCAAGAACAGUUAAUAACAGGAGAGAGAUCAUCAAGCGAUACAGAGAGUUCAGACUCCGGUGUAGAAGGAGAUAUCAAUACUAUUACGGAAGCGGGCAUGGAAGCAAUAGUAGAUCUACGCAAAGCCGCAGUUUUUAAUGAACCGUUCUAUAUCGUUGUGUUGGAGAGAACAGAUGGUGGUUCUACGGUUCAUAUGUGGAGACUCACUGUUUCUUCGCAAGCUGAUCCUAGCGAUGACAUGACCAACAGUAUGAUGUAUGUUCCGGAUAGUGCUCUAGUACAGGAAGAGGAGGGAGGAGAAUCACGAAAGAACUCCGUGUCAGCAGACAUUGAUCAGGCUGCGCCCACCCAUCACAUACAUUCGCAUCUAUCUAUUUCUACUAAGAAGGUAUGCGAGUGCCCUCUAUCUCUCCCAGAAGGUGUGGAUGUCAUCCACGCGACACCGGCUGCUGGCCAUCUCAGCUCUGCUUCGAUUUACCCAGCUUGUCUUGCUCCAUACAUACUUGCUACAGCUUGCUCCGACAGCACCCUGAGAUUUUGGAAGUGUGACGUGACUAAAAAAGAUGAUGAUUUUGAAUAUUCUUGGAAGGAAUGGGAGAUGAUGAACAAAGAUCAAGAGUCUACUAUCGAUAUUCCAGGUCAACCGUUGCACAUAAGUGCGGCGUACUCCGGACGAAUAGCGUGCGCGUACAAAUGCGGUCGCUCUUUCACGCGGCCCAAGGGGCUGUCCGCAACAAAUUUGAACAACCCGGACGCACGUUUCGUCAACCUGUGCGUUUGCGUCUACGAGUGUGAGAGUACCGGGGGCGCGGAGUGGCUGCUAGAAGACACAAUACCUUUGCGCAAUGUCAGUCUACCCCGCGUUGGAGUGUGUACCGACACACAGAUUGAUCUAUCGUACUUGCACGACACUACGUUCAUGCAAAAGAAACAGAGGAUCAAUCAGGUCCUACAAACAUUAUCAUCAGAAGAGAGCCGUAACAAUCGCAACGGGGAAGCGGACACUGGCAAGUCUGCGGGUUUACUGGCGGUACCCUCGUUCAGUACUCUGCAGUCGUUACGCAAGAGCAUAAUGGAGAACGGGAACACUUGCCCUCUCACACAGAAGCAUUUGGUGCAACUUGACUGGGUGUCUAAGGAAGACGGAUCGCACAUACUGACUGUAGCUGUUGGAUCCCGGGUACUGCUAUUCACGCCUGUCUCGAGCGAUUUAGCACAAGCUAAUAUCAAGGCGAUGAAAGAAUCAAUAAAUAACAAUCGGCCGAUUCUUCGUAAAGCGUCGUCCCUCGCGGCGCCAUUAUUUGUCGAAGAAAUCCGAUGGAUGCAACUCCGUCGUAUCGAGCUGAAAACAGCAGAUGGCCUACCACCUCUACCCAUGCAGAUUUCAUGGGUUAGAGAUGGAAUUCUGGUGGUGGGAAUGGAUUCGGAAAUGCAUGUUUACUCGCAAUGGAAGCCGGAAAAUCCACAAAUCACAUCUGGACAACAAAAUGGACAGGAAGUCGAGGAAGGCGGCGAAUCACGCGCACUCCGCGAUUCAGAUUUGCGAGUCUCUGCACCGCAUUUGCAACGCGUGUCCUCUAUAAACUUGCAGCUGCUAGAGCGGGAUGCAAGACGCAAGAAUAAAAGUCAACCGGACCAACCGCAGCCUCUAUUGAACUAUAUGCCAGACUUUGGUCUCUUUGAGGCAUCACAAAUGGCUUGCCCGGUGUUACCACAAUAUCAUCCGAAACAAUUGAUGGAGCUGCUCAACAGCGGCAAGAUUAGAUGGGUGAAAGCUAUUCUAGCGCAUUUAGUCAGAUGUAUAGGUGGGACAUACACGAAUCGAAGCUCACAAGGUGACGAGGAUAGUAUAUCGCGACAGCGAGGCUGGUCAAGGUCACGCACGCUGUCCGUCUCAUUCGCAGCCGGCGCCGCAUCGCCCCUUGAUGGCGUUGCACAGAUAACAGAAGAUGUUCAACUAGACUACGCUGAGCUUACCUCAGUACCGCCCUUACCACUCUGGACAUUGCUAGUUGCUGACAAAGAGUCAGCACAUCAUCCAUCCACAAUCCAGGAAGCCAAGGAUUACAACGAAUUGUUUGAAGGGACGAUGGAGGUUGAAGAGGAUCUUGAUGCGUUGCUCCUAGAGGACGAGGACGUAGUUGACCGAAGACCAUCUAUGCCAGAACGGCAACCGUUAUCGCAUUUUGGUCCUAGACAAGGUCGCAUUUUAUCUCGACUGCUAACCCAUACUCACUUGCCGGGCCUCAGCUCCUUAGAUCAAAUGCAUCUGUUGGCUCUGGCCGAUACAGUGUCGACCUGUGAUGCCGACUUCACAGAACGGCUAACUAAUAACGCUAAAGUGGAUGUCACACAAGGAAGUGGACAGGAAGUUAUGCCAGAUUCUCUUGACGACUGCGGUCUUAGGUUCCUCCUAGCAAUGAAACACUACGGUUAUCUUUUGCGAUGCUUGCCGCUUGCUCAACGCGCCUCCUUACAACGCAGUGGGGUAGGAACAUGUAAUCUUGUAUGGGCUUUCCAUUCGGAAUCCCAUGAACAGCUACUGGCUUUGGUUCCCGGAUACACUAAAGGGCAGCCCAAAUGGAGUACCAUGAGAGAACUGGGUGUCGGCUGGUGGGUGCGUGGUGAUCUUUUACGUACCUGCGUGGAGAAAUUAGCCCGUGCUUCGUAUAUGGCAAAACAGGAUCCCAUGGACGCCGCACUGUACUAUUUGGCUAUGAAAAAGAAGACCUUACUAUGGGGGUUGUUCAGGUCCAAUCAUCACGACAAAAUGACUGGGUUCUUUGCUAAUGAUUUUACUGAAGAUCGAUGGCGCAAAGCUGCUCUUAAGAAUGCCUUCGUACUUUUGGGAAAACAGAGAUUUGAGCACGCGGCGGCUUUCUUCUUGCUAGGAGGUGCUUUGAAAGAUGCUUUAGAGGUGCUAAUUACUCGAUUAGGAGAUUUACAAUUGGCCAUGGUUAUAGCGAGACUUUAUGAAUCGGAUAAAACUUUGCCACCGAGUUUAAAGAAAUUGAUAAUGCAUGAAAUUUUGGGUGGCGAUACGGAAGACGGUGAAAUAGACCUAGAACGCGCACAUCCCGACCCAUUUAUACGAUCAAUGGCGCUGUGGGAACUGAAAAGAUACGGAGAGGCGCUAGAUACCCUUCUGAGUCCCGCUGGUCGUCUCCAUGCUGCUAGGGACAAUAAUGAACCGCAACCGAGUGUGUUUAACUUCUACGUGUACUUACGGACACAUCCGAGACUCAAGCGUCAUAAUAUGCCUAGUCAGGGCGCUACACUCGCUCUUCUCAACCAAGAAUCUGACGAAGGCAUAACACGGCUAGAACGACGAUUAUAUUUCCAAACAGCCCACGGCCACUUCAAAGCGGGUUGUCCUGCUCUCGCUCUAGAAGUGCUUUCAAAGUUACCGUCACGCAUUCGAGAUGAUAAACCGAAGGGUUCAGUAGCAGCGACAACAGUUGAGCACGAUGUUAUACACACUGGACAAUUGGUCGAUGAGAAACCUAAAAAAGAAGAAGCGGCUAGUACGGACUGGGGUGCGUCGACAGUAGACUGGAGUGCUUCGGUCAGUGCACCCAAAACAGAAGAGUUAGUGUUAGAUUGGAGUGCACCUGUUAGUUCUGCUAAAAAUGACGAACUAGUAUUAACCUGGGACGACGAUGACAAUAAGUCUGAUGCAUCCGGUGCGUCAACGCCGCCUCUAGAAAUUAAAAUAAAUAAGGCGGAAGAAGAACCCGUCGUGAAGGGUAUACCCGAGGAAGAAAAAGAAGAACCUCCUACAGUCGAUAUCAUGGCACAACAGCUUAAGUUUGUCGCUUGCCUCAAAAUACUUAUGGAAGAACUAAGUACACUCGCUACCGGUUUCGAAGUUGAUGGUGGUCACCUUCGGUAUCAGCUUUAUAUUUGGUUAGAACGCGAAGUUGAAGCGCUCCGGCGUCUCUGUGGCUAUGUAGCCACGCCCCCUGCCGGUGAGCUACUGUGCGCAGACGCAGAGCAGGCGCCCCUUCCAGAUAAACCGACACUACACCAACUAUUAGUACGUGAGAAAGCUGAUUUUGAAGCCAAAGUACAACGUGCAGUAAGAAGGAAAAAAUGGCUUAAAGCCAACGAAACGUUACUACGCACUCUUCUGUCGUACUGUUCCCUGCACGGUGCGGGUGGAGGUGGUCUUGCAUCAGUCCGUAUGGAGCUAGUACUUCUACUCCAAGAGUUGGGCCAGGAUAAACAACACCAGCAGCUGCUAUCGCCGCUGCCUUUCCCCACUACAUUGCCGUUACUAGCAGCUGCUGUUGCUGCCAAUAAUACGGUUGUUGCAGAUCCCGUUAGGCAUUUGCAGGCGGUAGCCCACGAUAUGCUGGGCACGAUUGGAGAGUUGGGAGUGCCAGGCGGUUCAGCCACCCGCAUCCUUCAUACACUAAGGGAAUUGGCGGUGGCUCUAUCUGCUUGCAUCUACCAAAGCUUGUGCGACUCCGAUACGUUUAGUUUAAAGCACCCUCAACAUCAUGAUGGAAUCAUAGCUGAAACGCCUGGUACCACAAACCUUCUUGUCCGAUCUAGACGUUAUUCCAGUGAGGAAUUGUCUGUAACUACUCCGUCCAAUAAGUGGCCUGGUGUCUCAGCUCUCCGUGGCUUGGCUUUACGCGCAGCCGAGGAGGAAGAUGCACCACGCCUUCCUGUUUUACUCGCCGAAGCAUUUUGUGCUGUCUACCUAGCACUUUUGGGCUGGGCUCUCGCAGCCAGAGAUGCUCAUCUCUUAUAUAGGCUGGCCGCACAUAAUAUGGAGACCAAAGUACACCCCAGACUAUUUGGAGGUGGUGUACGCAGAUUGCUUACCACUGCUCCAGCACCACCACAGCCAAAGAUUAUAGAACGAACAGAAGGAACAUCGGUGUGGUCAUCUCUUCGCGAGAAGCGUGCUCUUCUGCACAUGCGGCUAUUGGGUUUGGGACCGACAGCGCCUCACACAAACAUACAAGAGGGGCGCCCCACAUACAGAGAACAGUUUGUGUCUCCGCAGUGCAGUAUUCUCACAUUCCUGCUAACUAAACCGUCUGCAGAGCAAGAUCCAGAUAAUAAUGAUUACGAUUCAGCGGAAUCAGGCAUAGAAGACGAGAAUGAGAGUGAGAGUGAAACUGAAGACGACAUUUUCGAUACAAACGUUACAAAAACGACAAAAUCCCGAGGCAACAUAGAACAUUCGGAUCCCGAGUCGUACUCAUGGUACGUGAUGAGGGUCGGAGUAUUGCGUCUCGCACAGAGCAAGUUGCAGAACUUCCUGCAGAUGUGCGGCAUUGAAAUGUCUGAAUUGGCAACGACUAGUCCCACUGUGCAUGCAGCACUGCGUCGUGUAGAGCAGUGGCAGCAACAGCUAUCGGAAACAUUGGAGUCUCGUCCAGCACCCCAAGACUACAUUCCGGGAUGCUUCCCAGAUAGAACUACCACCGGUCCGCCUAUCAAUAAAUACAGAUGUCUUCUUGAGAAACACAAUACGCCAUUCAACUCGUCCGUGUAUAGCUCGGCGCCAGCGAGACGUCUUUGGAAUUACCUCGUGAGGCAGGAACAGAUUCAGGACAUAUUUAUUCGUGCCGUGUUCUCUCGUCGCCGUACACAAUCGGUGAGCGGCGGAGAAUUGGUUCCGACCACAACUACCACUGACGGUCGCCCAUCUGCCCUUCCUAUUAAACCACAAGACGAUGACCUGCAUAGUCCUGUGCGAAUCAUUCACAAGGAACAGGAUUCGAUAGCAGCUUUCUGCCUCAAUAAGGUGGGCGGUGGUCUGCUUGCUGUCGCCACAGCGCGAGAGGUGCAAGAAAUGGAUGUGUCUCUUCUGUUGCGUGGCGGGGCUUGCUGGGCAGAAGACGAAUGUGAGGUUGACCUUCUGGCACUGGCCGCUGAUCCUGCUGCACUGCCCGACACUGGAUUUCUACUAAUACAGCAUCAUGACAAGGGCAACAGUGGUUCAGUGCCAGGAACAGGCAACAGCUCCCCGUUGAACCCAAAUGCUCCGCAAGCGCCUGUAGGCAUGGCUAGCCAGACUGGACGUGGCGCGAGCGUGCACGAGCGACGGCCAAGCCAAGUUGCCACAAAGCCAAGUGGGCACGAAGCAUUUAUUGUCACAGUCUUGAAGCACAAAAUCGACAACAUCAAGCGUAUGGCGGCGCAUCCUUCGCAACCAUUGUACCUGACCGGAGGCGCAGACGGUUCAGUCCAGCUUUGGGAGUGGGGCCACCCAUACUGCGUUUGGUCGCCCCGUGCUCCUGGUGCCUUCGCCAAAGUCACACGAGUGCGAUUCUCCGACUACGGCAACAAGUUUGCAGCGUCAGAUGCAGAUGGGAACCUCGCUAUGUGGCAAUUGCAACCAUCUGCGAAAAAUACGACUAGUCAACCACAAGCGCCACCUAGGCCGUUUUUCACUCACCAGUGUCAUAGCAAAGGCAUAAGCGACUUUGUUUUCUUAGGUUCCUGUAGUUUAGUAGCGACAGCUGGUCACAGUUCUGAGAGCAAAAACGUUGCAAUUUGGGACACGUUAAUGCCUAUUAAAAAGGCUUUGGUGGUUUCCUGGACGUGCCAUGAAGGCGGUGCGUCCUGCAUAGCAUGGGCUGGUGGUACUGGCGCUCUGGUAUCUUGCGGACGGCGAGGUGACGUGCUCGUUUGGGACUUGCGUGCACGUGCGCCUCGGCACAAGUUACACGCCCACCACGCCCCACUAAAAUGCGUCGCACUGUCCCCCAAAGAGGACUACUAUGCAAUUGGCGCUGCCGAUGGCGACAUUAAGGUAUUCUCCUUAGCAACGCACCAACUUCUUCACACGUUUGCGGGAGAACACGCUAGAAGCUCAUUCUUCAAACAUAUCGGACAAGGUGUCACGCAAAUACAUAUUGAUAAUGGCGGCCGACUGUUCUCAUGCGGUGCUGACGGCACGAUGAAAGUCCGGAAGCUGCCAGAACGGGAUACCCCUAUACAUCAUCACCCCCACUACUCCACUUAG